AUGCCCCUUCUGUCCUUUAUCAUCUGUCUUCACUGCUUCUCUUGUACUGCUCCCUCCCUGUCCUGCUGCAUCUCCUCCUCCAGUAGGUCCAUCAGGGCUUUUUCCCCCUCCUCGUGCUGCUCCCACCAGGGUCUCCACAGGGAGACCAGAGCUCCUACAGCCCCACCCUUUACCAGAUUCCUAAACCUCCUUCUCCUGGCUGCUCAACAGGUCCCACAGUGCCACCUCAGAGAAAGCAUUGAUAUUCAGCCCAGAGAGCCUGUCAGCCAAACCCAGCUCCUCACCGUCUUCAACCCCCUCAUCCAUGUCUCCAAUAUUUGCAACCACCACCUGCGCCGCUAA